ACUUCAGAGAAGCACCAAUUUUCACACUGCUUACCAUAAAUCCUCUCUCUAUCUAUCUACCCACUUUAUAUAUUCUACCAAAACAAAGAAAAAAACAAAAAAUUAAGAUGAAGAACUUGUCUUUUUUAGCAGUGUGCGCGGUGGCGAUGGUAGCAGCUGCGGUGCUUUUGUGGGAAGCACCAACAGCGGAGGCGGUGACGUGCAGCCCAGUGCAGAUGAGCUCAUGCCUGACGGCGAUCACGAAUGGGUCGCCGCCAUCGAGCCAAUGCUGCGCCAAGCUCAAGGAACAGAAGCCUUGCCUUUGUGGGUAUCUCAAGGACCCUAAUCUUCGCCAGUAUGUCAACUCUCCUAAUGCCAGAAAAGUUGUAGCUAAGUGUGGCGUUCCCUACCCCAAAUGUUGAUCCACGCCUCCGAUCUCCUCUGUCUACCUACAAAUAAGAUUAUCACUUGCGUUCACUGCUUGUGGAAAAUAAAUUUUUUAAAUUUUGGAGGAUGUUAUAUUAUGAAUAUGAUGGAUAACAAUGAAUGAACAUAGUAUUGUACUAUUGGAGGUUUUUAAUUAUAAAAGAGUACCUUUUAGAUUUUACA